AUGUGUGUUGUAAGGUCAAGCACAAGUUCGUGUUUUGCUGUUCCUGCUGUGGUUCUGUACUUUCUCAGGUCACAGUAAAUGAAGAUCCAAGUGGGAGUUGCCCUUGCUUGUUUUAUAAGUUUGAUUUUGAUUCAGCAAAGUCUCUGUGAUGAGGUUUCUGGUACUUCUGAUGUAACAGAUUGGACAUGUAGAUGUUCUGUUUCGUUCAAUGGAAACCGGAGCUACACGCUUGAAUCUAACUGUUCAGCAUCCUGUAAUUGCAGUCAGGAUGAUGGAAGUGGUGAUAGCAAAUGGACAUGUGUAUGUGAUGCCAAAGGCCUUCCUAAAGUGGCAGCUGAUGGUCACGAUACUAAUUGCUUUACAGCCUGCAACUGCACUUCUGGAUCUCUUGAUGCAGCACAAUCUUCGAAAAAGCGCUCUUCAAGCAAAGUUGUUGUCUUUGUUCUAUUACUAUGUGUUGUACUUACAACUUUCGCUUUCCUGGCUUUGGUGGCAUGCUACUUCUAUCAAAGAGACAAGUGCACUGUUCACCCGCCAAUAUUUUCAUCAGAUAAGGAAACGAGUUGCAACAGUGGUACCGACUUAAUUAGCCAUAGAAGUUCCUCAAUGCUUGAGACCAAACUUUAUAUAAAUUCCCCCAUCAAUUAUGGAAUAGGGUGCUUUACCUCUUGCUUAUUCGGAAGCAAGACAGGACCUUCACCUGGAGCAAUUAUUCAAUUUUCAUACUUGGAUCUGGAAAAUGCAACCAAUAAGUUUUCAGAUUCCAAUCUAAUUGGACUUGGAGGAAGUAGUUAUGUUUAUCGUGGUCAACUCAAAGAUGGAAGUAUUCUGGCAGUUAAGCGCCUCAAGACUCAGAAAGGGCCUGAUAUGGAUUCUGUCUUUAUAACUGAGAUUGAACUGUUAUCCAGACUUCAUCAUUGUCAUGUGGUACCUUUGCUCGGCUACUGCUUCGAAACCCAUGGCAAAGAUACUGAGAGGCUCUUGGUAUUUGAGUACAUGAAUAAUGGUAAUCUGAGAGAUUGUCUGGAUGGGUCUGAAGGGAAAAACAUGGAUUGGGGUACUCGAGUAGCAAUUGCCAUUGGAGCUGCAAGGGGUUUGGAAUAUCUCCAUGAUGCAGCUGCUCCAAGAAUACUGCAUAGAGAUGUCAAAUCCACAAACAUUCUUCUGGAUGAAAAUUGGCAAGCAAAAAUAACUGAUCUUGGUAUGGCGAAACGCUUAAAAGCUGAUGGUCUUCCUAGUGCAUCUAGUUCUCCAGCAAGAAUGCAAGGUACAUUUGGUUAUUUUGCACCGGAGUAUGCAAUUGUUGGAAGAGCAUCUCUCAAGUCAGACGUUUUCAGUUUUGGGGUAGUUCUUCUUGAGCUUAUCACUGGCCGGAAGCCCAUACACAGAUCAACCAACAAGCUAGAAGAAAGCCUUGUCAUAUGGGCUACCCCUCGUUUACAGGAUAGUAAGCGAGUAAUCGCAGAGUUGCCUGAUCCUGAUUUGAAUGGGAACUUCCCAGAAGAAGAUAUGCACAUAAUGGCUUACUUAGCAAAGGAAUGCCUACUCUUGGAUCCAGAUUCUAGACCAACCAUGAGUGAGGUUGUCCAAAUCCUUUCGACUAUUGUACCAGAGAGAUCUAAAAGGAGAGGCAUGCCUUUAAAUUUGUUUCAGCACAUGGGUCUUAAAGAAGCUGAGGAGCUAAGGAGAGACAAAUCCGGAAAAUGUUCACAUCGGUGUUCACUGCCACUAGAUAUUGACCGCAACCUCGGCGUUGAAAGAAGUGAAGAUACAGCUACAGAUAACUUUAUGGAAAAAUUGAUCCUCUUGACCUCAAACACUAGGAGUUGGCGUGCCUCUGAUGAUGAAACAGUGGACUUGACUGAGCCCAGGUUUGAGUCAUUUUCCAUAGCAAAUGCUAAACCCUUGUGACACCCAAAAAAAAUGGAAGAGAACCGAAGAUGGGUGAAGCAAUAGGUUUGUUUGUGAUGCUUUGCAAUAGGUUUGUCAAAGAAAUCAUGAGGAAUAAAGAUGUUUCCGAAGACUUGUUCCUCUAUAUCUUUUGUUCUUUGGAAAUGAAAAGGGGAGAAAAUCAUAGGCUACUCUGUCACUUCAUUAUAUAGUUACCUUUGAUAUUCUUUAGAUGAUAUGCUGAUGAGUUGAGCAUAUUCUAUCUUGUACAGAAGUCAUAGAAAAACUCGAAAUACAUCAGGAGAUGAACCAAUGGUUGUAACUCAGUCUUGUGUGACAAAAAAAUGAGAGACGAAAAAUAGCAUUGAAAUGAUAUUUAUUGAGUUGUGUUUCAUUGUAAUCAGCUAUUGAGUACUAGGUAUAAGAAAAUUUAC